CGCCCAUCAUCCGUCCUCGACCACCGCCGCAUACCUUGACUGCUUCCACUCCGUGUCACCAACUUCGAGAUAGCCUUACGACAUAAUUGCGCUGGACGUGAACGGCCUUAAUACUGAAUGUCCAGGCACGAACCGCCUCGGACUCCCUCUCUGAACCAGCUCUGGAUACACGCCCAACAUGGAACGAAUGAGCACGCUUCCGACUAUCAAAUGUUCAUCCUGCGCGGUGGACAUUGACAUCCUUCAUUUAGCCGACCAUGUUUGCGCUGCGGCGCCCCCAGCGGCAACGCCCGUUCCUGAGCCAAUGUCGCCCACCUCGACCAUCUCUAUGGGUUCCCCGCCCUCUGUGCUGUCGCCCAAGAUGAACCGCGCAGCAACCUUUGGAGGUCCCACGUUUAGCAACAGGUCAGAACGCCCGGCGCAAUCGGGUCGCAUGCCUCCCCCGCCCAGAAUCGAUUCAAAUGCAGCGAACAAGCCGUUUCGGCCGCUGGAGCCAUCGCCCAUGAGCAACCAAGUUGACUACAAAAGUCGAUCCCCAGGUCUGGCGCCACCAAAGUCUCCGUUCAAGAUGAACCGCAGUGUGACAACUCCGGUUGGGCGACCCAUGGCGCCCCCAUCGCCCGAUUACACUUCCAACUUGGACUGCGCCUUCCCUCGGUUUCCCUCCAAGAACGGUACCCCUAAGAGUGCCAAACCUCAACCACGAGAGCGCCUGGAACCCUACCAGCAAAACUAUGCUCAACCGAGCCCUCUAUUCGCACCCCUUAGCCCACGCUUCGAUGGCGGGGAAAACAUCGCCAAACGCAUGAAUAGCAUUGCACCAGGGCCGUUCGAUGGAACGGCAGAUCGAAGGCCGAGUACAUCAAGCGCAGCAAGACCAUUCGCACAAGAAGGGCCGGCGCUUGGGCACAGGAGGAUGGGCACAAAUGGCAGCAUCGCCAGUAACAAGAGCGUGUCGAAACAGCGUACUUCCACAGCCUCGAAUGCGUCGCGCAGUUCAGCAUACUCCAAUCGCAGCAUAGGUCUUCCCGCUCGCCCGAAGCCGGGCAUGGGUGGAGCCAAUGUUCUGCCACCGUUGCCAUCCACAUCCGAACAGGCUGAAGGUAUUGAUGCUUUCCUAGACCGCUUGCAGAAGGAGUCUACAAAGCCUUCCAGGGCUUCUCAAGAAAACCUCGCAAGGACAGUCCCGUCCCGACCGAACAGCAGAGACAGGAAAGAACCGCCACCAAGACCUAGGAGGCCUUCAGAAAAAGAUCUACCGCCAACGGACAUGACCGAUCUGGACCCCCCAGAAUUCAUGUCUCUUUCGAACAACAUGUUCCCUUCUCGUGGCUCAAGCCGAAGUGGCUCGGAAAGCGACAUGCCACGAGGCCUUGCGCCAACACAUUCCUUACGCCCACCGCCACUAGCAGCUUCUGGGCUCGGCGAUGCGCCCAUGAACGCACUCCACACCCCUUCGGACUCUGGCUUCUCAGACGAUUCAUAUGCCAGCUCGGGCUACCGAAGCAUGACAAGCUCCAGAUCAAGCCCACCAGAAUCUGAGGCUGCGCACUCUCGCCAGACUUCCAAGAUCAGUCGUCCUGAUAACAUUGUCGAGGAGAAUGUUGAGAGAAGCGCAAGCCCUGAGUCCUACGCCGAAGCACGGCCUGUUCGAGCGCCGAAGAGUUACAUGCGGCCCGAUGGGGCGGAGCCAUACCCAAGGUCGCUUUCACCGGGAUAUCGCCAGGACACGUUUCCGCCUGGAGGCUAUGCAAAAUACCCAGAGUCGCCAAUGGAUCCCGCCAUACAGAUGGGCGCGUCAACACCGCGUGACAUGUUCGAAAGAGAGCCAGCAACACCUCAGGACCCGGCGCAAGUCAAUGUAAGCCCGCCAAGACGCAUGGCCGAGGCCGAACCCCAGCAACACGACGUGCGCCGGCCCAAGGCCGCUAGCAAAGGCAACUGUCGUGGGUGCUCAGAGCCAAUUAUUGGAAAGUCCGUGAAGGACUCUUCUGGCCGCCUCACGGGACGCUAUCACAAGCAUUGCUUCACGUGCAGAACGUGCGCCGAUCCCUUUCCGACAGCGGAGUUUUAUGUUUUCGAGAACUCGCCAUAUUGCGAACAGCACUACCACAAGCUCAACGGAUCUUUGUGCAAUGCCUGCAACCGGGGCAUCGAAGGCCAAUAUCUCGAAACCGAUUUGCGCCAGAAGUUUCACCCAAGAUGUUUCACGUGCACGACCUGCCGCAUCGUCCUCCGCGACGGCUACUUUGAAGUCGCUGGCCGGCGAUACUGUGAUCGACAUGCGCAAAGCGCCGCAGCACCUCCGAGGAGUAACCUAGGCCCGGGCAAUUACAGACCGCGCAACCUCCAGAAGCGCGGUACAAGACUCAUGAUGAUGGCGUGAACUACCUGCCUCUCGCAUAACCGUUGUCAUUGCUUCUUCUUGCUCAUAUUUUGCUUUUCGUUUGUCACGUCCUUUAGCGAUCUGGUUUUUGUUUGGGCCUUUUGCAUGAAUAUUCACCCUCUUCAUUCUUUCUGAUACCCGGCCAGUCCGCUGUUACUUCACUUUAUGUUCUGCGUUAUACCCCUUACUCUAUACAUUCGCUACACCUUAUAAUUGUCUUUUGUAUCGAUGUUAGAUGGUGGCCAAGCACCGAUUCUUGGGGUUGCUUUGGGUGGUGCUCGAUACACCACCCUUCGUUGGAAGGUUUCAGUCUCUGGGAGACUGUUCUUACUUUGUUGAUAACGAGGUCCGACUGUACGUGUACAUAUAUGUAACAUACCUAAUGUUUACUGCUCAUCAUGGUGGGCUUAUCAGUAUCAAUUGAAAGACUACUUUGCAA